AUGCGAUCGAUGAGUGAUGCUAACUGCUGUCUGGAUUGCGUGGUGCAGACCUGCCAUGCUCGAAAAGUACGUUGCGAUGCUGCCAGUUUAGGUGUUCCCUGCACCAACUGCGUAGCCUUUUCGAUUGAAUGUAAAAUUCCCACGCCGAAACGCAAGAAGAAUCAGACAAAACCGAAGGAGGUUGACGGAAGCGAAGAGCGCAGCGAACAACCCGAACCGAAACAGGAGACGCCGGCGAGAGAUAGCGGCAAGGAUGCUUUUGGGUACCGGAACAAUCAAAUCGUCGACGGCAUGCCUUCUCAGGCCGUAUCGGAAACGGAGGCCGUGCAAGAGGCACAUCUCAACAACGCCUACGCCCAGUUUAUGAAGCCCAAGUUCGCGCGGGCCCCGAUUAAGGAAGCCGGUCGCGUCGCCUAUCUAGGCGAGUCGUCGAAUCUGUCGCUCUUGGUGCAGGAUCGCCAUGGGACCACGGACGUGGUGCAUUACCCUCUGCCGCCCAAUAUCCGGGGGUCACGAUCACGAGUCACCGAACUCGAUAACUUGGAGUUGGACAUUCUGCACCAACGCGGUGCCUUCCUGCUGCCGCCGAAACCGCUGUGCGACGAGUUGGUAGACGCAUACUUCCAAUGGGUGGCGCCCGUGGUUCCCAUCGUCAAUCGCAGUCGCUUCAUGCGGCAUUAUCGCGAUCCCAAAAAUCCGCCCUCGCUGCUGCUUCUGCAGGCAAUCCUCCUCGCGGGGUCCAGGGUCUGCACGAAUCCCCAGCUGAUGGAUGCAAACGGGUCGACGACCCCGGCCGCCAUGACCUUCUACAAGCGAGCCAAGGCGCUGUAUGACGCCAAUUACGAAGACGACCGCGUUACUAUCGUUCAGGCCCUGGUUCUCCUGGGCUGGUACUGGGAAGGCCCUGAAGAUGUUACCAAAAACGUCUUCUACUGGACCCGAGUGGCGAUGGUUGUCGCACAGGGUUCAGGAAUGCACCGAAGCGUGGAAUCCUCGCAACUUACGAAGCCGGAUAAAAGGCUAUGGAAACGAAUUUGGUGGACAUUGUUCACUAGAGACCGGUCCGUAGCAGUGGCGCUGGGACGGCCGAUUGGCAUCAAUACGGACGACUCGGACGUGGGAAUGUUGACGGAGGAUGACUUUAUCGAAGACGAGAUCGAUAUUGCGGCCGAAUAUCCGCCCGACCCCGUUCACGUGCAGUUCUUCCUGCAAUACGUCAAGCUUUGCGAGAUCAUGGGUCUCGUUCUGUCGCAGCAGUACUCGGUGGCAUCGAAAUCGAGACGCAUGAACGCCAUGGAUCUGACCCAUUCCGAUAUGGCUCUGGCGGAUUGGCUGCAGAAUUGUCCCAAGGAGGUGUGUUGGCAAAGACAGCGACAUCACUUCUGGGCCGCUCUUCUGCACGCGAACUACUACACGACGCUCUGUCUUUUGCAUCGAGCCCACAUGCCCCCGGCUUCUUCGGUGCCGAGUAGUUAUCGGGUCGAAGAGAUGGCGUAUCCGUCGCGUACCAUUGCUUUCCAAGCUGCCGGAAUGAUUACUUCGAUCGUCGAAAACCUGCAGAAUCACCGAGAGAUGCGAUAUACCCCGGCCUUCAUUGUCUAUAGUUUGUUCUCGGCUCUGAUUAUGCACGUCUAUCAAAUGCGAUCUUCCGUCCCCUCCGUGGUGGCAACGUGUCAGGAGAGAAUCAACAUCUGCAUGCAAGCGCUGAAGGACGUUUCUAAAUCCUGGCUGGUGGCCAAGAUGGUUCAUACUCUGUUCGAAUCCAUUCUCGGGAACAAGGUACUGGAGGAACGUCUCCAGAAGGCUGCGGGCAGAAGACAUCAGCGAGUGCGACCUGACGGCACCAGCCAGCCGCAACCUGUUAGGAGGCCCGAUCCGCCGAAGCGCAAAUUUGACGAUAUGGACCUGGGACUGCCGAACGGAGGGCCCACGCCUCCCGUCUCGUACGAGCGGUCUCGCCCGCAGACCCCGGCGCUCACUCCGUCCAGAGAGAUGGGCCAGCCCGGCUUGACGGUGCCCCAGGGGUCGCCCACGGCGCCGCGCGAAGGCAAUUCUCGCAGCAACACCCGACCGACCACGCCGUUCAAUGCGCAGUUCUCCCUCCCUGCCACGCCACCCGACCUCUUCCUCGUCACGCGUACCUCGCCCAACCUGUCCCCUUCGCUCUGGGAGAACUUCCAGCCGGACCAGCUGUUCCCCGACGGCACCGCCAUCUUCCCGGAAUUGACGUCGCCGCAGACCAACACUGUGGACCCGCAGCUCCAUAUGCAGCCGCAUCUCCAGCAGCCGCAGGCCAUGGACCAACGGUCUAUGAUGUCGCAGCCUCCGCUGCCGUCGCGGAGCCUGUCCGGGGCGCAGGGAAGUCCGGAGAUUCUUUCGAACAUGCCGCCGGGGAUUGGCUUACAGAGUCAACAACCGCAGAUGUUUGGGCUGGAGAACCAGCACACGUGGCCGAUGCAGGGGCUCGAUGCUCCCAUCAGCGGGGCCCCAAUUGAUGCAGCUAGCCAGGAUGACAACUGGAGCAGCAGCUCUCGCAGCGGGCCUACAGCGCCGACCACACUGAACGUUGAAGAUUGGUUCCAAUUCUUCGGCAUCAACGGCACAUUUGAAAUGCCGACCUAA